AUGUCACAUGCACGUGACUCGUGCAAUAUGGCGUCUACUGAGGAAAGGGCUUUCAAGCUCGAUGUCAACAUUACCAAAUCAGAGGAUUCUUCGCCAGUGUUUUUCAAAGUCGAUGGCGAGAGAUUUAAGGAGGUUCAGACCCUGAAGUUACAAGUUGAUACAAAGUACAGACUGUCCUUCGAGUUUCGGCCAGCAAUGGAAGUCAGGUAAGUAUUUAUUUAUUUAUUUAUUUAUUUACCAAAUAAGUCUUCACUCUUAACAGAGUAUUUCAGACUGGUUUAAACAAUAAAGAUUACAACAAUGAAUAAUACAACAUCUUAAAAUCACUAAUCAAUAUGUAAGAUUACACAGGGAUUGCCUAAAUGAACAUGGCGAUUUCUAGUGGGAGAUUGUUCCACUGUCCAAUUGUCGUCCUAGCCAGGGUAAAAAGAAUUCUUGUAAUAAUCACAUGUGCAACGUGGCUGCUCAAAUAGAUGGCUGAGAGACGAGAUCCUGGUGUGCAUUCUGCUCUCAUGUUCUUCUGAAGCUUGUCGCAUUCGUAAGUGGCUAAUUUAUUUCUCUGUUUGUACAGCAUACGUACAGAGACGUACGUCAGAUCGCCUGAGCUCCAGAGAUUUCCGUUUGAGAGAUAGCAUAUCAGUGACACUGUCUUAUCUGUCGUAGCGCCUGAGUACCCAGCGAGCUGCUCGGCGUUGAAUCAUUUCGACCUGUUGUAUGUUCUUAGCUCCGUAAGGGCCCCAGACAGUGGCACUAUUUUCAACAGUCAGUCUCACAAGUAAGAUAUUGAUAUUCGCAGUGAUAAUCCUUUCAAGUACGUUAAAAGGCUGCCACAGUUCAAACCAAUACAAUAUAUAAUUUAACUAAAUUUUUUUUUUUGCCGAAUUUGGGGAAUGCUUUUGUUUUUGUCCAGCUGCAGCAUGACCACCAUGAUUUCAGCUGAAAACCAGCCAAAUUAUUUCACAAGCUUCAGUGAUGAAUUUCACUUUGAUCGGGGCAGCGAUUCCACAACCUGGGCCCUCAGUUAUUGUCGUUAUUUGAAGAACAGUAAAAAGUCAUUGAAGAAAAAAGUCAAGUGGCAGAAUUUUGAUCAUGCCUAAAAAUUCCUGGGUUUGUUUUAUAAAAAUAUCAAGUCUUCCAUUAAUGAAAUACUAAGCUUAUCGUCUAUUUAUCUAUAAUUUCAUAAAGAUUAUCCCCAAGAGAGGCCAGUACAAAAUCCACACUCAGAUCACCUCAUUUACAUACUUACCAUACAAUAAAAACGAUUGUCUUCCCGACAUCUAAAUGAGUUGAUCCUUUUGAGUCCAAUUUUUGGUUAAGGCUUCAAGGGUCAAGGGUAACAUGAAGAGUGUCGAGGGUACUACACCCUGUAUGUCGAGGGUCGAUUUCUUAUGUUUUCUAUGUUUUUUUUUUUUCAUGCUUUUUGACCAAUUGAUCAGGAGCGCCAGACAUGCACAAAAGUUCAGUUUUUAUUAGCAAUGACUGCGAGUGUUGACAGAAGCAUUGUAAUAACAGUACUAAUCCAAAAGAAAAGAGUCCAACCUUUGGUCCAGGUAUUUAGGAAAAACACACUCUAAACACCAAAAAUAAAAUCCCUUGAAAAUUGCAAAACAUUUCAACACAGUUUAAAAUACAUACCUGUAUUAAAAUUGAUAAUUUCUCUCUACCCCAACAACCAAGUGCACAAAAAGUGGACGUGACGUCUAAGAUCGCAGAAAUAACUCAUGGACCAAUCAUUUCCGGGUUGCUGUUAUCAAACUUGCCUUGCAGCCUUGUUUUUCUUGAAAAAAUUGCGUCACUCACGCAACACCCUGCCUUACGAAAUGAGCUGCCUGUGAUUGGCUUUUUUCUUUGUUGUGAUCAAGCAAAUAAUAUUUUUUGUAUUUUCCGUGUAAUGUUAGCUUCACGACACGUGAAAAAGCUCAACCUCGACAUAAAUGACAAAUUUGUCCCACAUUUUCGCAUUAAAUUAUCAGUAGCAGAUCCAGGGGAGGUCUGGGCCCCCCUUAUUUUUAGACCAAACUGAGGCCUGAAGGGCCAAAAAAUUUUUUUGGACUCUGCCCUCCCUUUAUCUCAGGGUCAGGAUGACCUGGCCCCCUCUUAUCUGAAGGUCUGGAUCUAUCGGAUCCAUCACUCUUAAUUGUGCAGGUAAUGCAAGGUUUUUUGCAAAAGAUUUCUUUAUUCUGUUUUUUGGAAUCAAAAGUCUUUGAUUUGUCGCGUUAUUUUCUUUUUUUAUUUGCCGUGAUUAGAUAUAAUAAAACGAGGUAAAGGUCAUUUGUCUGUCAGAGGUGCACUUAUUUUUAGUGUAUUUUUAAAAACGCGAAACAAAUUUUAAAAAAAUGAACCCUCGACAGUCCCCUCGACAUAAAAACUUGACCCUUGACAUGUUCCCCUUGACCCUCGACACCCUGACCCCGUUCUACUGAUGUUCUCAGAGUGGGGGGGGGGAGGUGUAUGUUUUCGGCCAUUAGUUGAGUUUAAACAUGAAAAUAUAUAAAAUAUGAUCAUAAUUUCAUGCCCAGAAGUUAAAGCCAAUGCUUGCAAUUUGACGAUUAUAUUUGUGUAUAAAUCUAGAUCUGUACCUCUCUCAACGGCCAGUUUUUUUUUGAGUUGCAUGCACAUUUGUCUUAACGGGUCCUCAACUGCUCUACGAUGGCCACCUCCCCCCUAUCCUGGAUGUGACACAGGGUGACCCUCCCCGCACGCCUCUACCUAAGGAGUACUUUCUCGAUGUUUUCUUGCAGUGAAAUUUCCAUGGGAGGAGUAAACCUCGAACAUACGUUAAAAAUGAGCGAUGAAAGAUCUUCACAGUAUGAGUGCUUAUGGUCCACAUAUGGAAUGAAUGAGUCAAAGAGCAAAGACAGGUUUUACUCGGUGUUGUACAUCAAGUUUACUAAUGAUAAACAACUCAAUGCAAGGAUUCAGUGCAAGAUGUAUUCUCUGAAAGACAAGAACCAUGUCACUUGGGGCAGUUGCUUAAAGAACUUGCAUAUUGAUUGCAAGAUGAAGGAUGGCCAAAACUACAUUGAUGUUCAGCAAGUUUUAUUCAAGUAG